GCCCGUUCCCGGUUUCAAAGCAGCAGCAGCGCAAAAGAAGGAAAAUCCUCUAGCGCAAACAUCAUCUCCCUUUCGGCGACCAAACAAGAGACAUUUAGGAAAAAGUCGGCGGAAAAAUGGCGUAACAAUAAGUCGGGAACGCUUCAGUGGCCAAAUCGAUUUGUACGGUGCUGGGGAAAAACGUCGAGUGGAAGGAUUUUCCUGCGAAUUUGGUCGGUAUUUUUUUGUGGGGAAGUGAAAGGAAGAAAAUGUGAAGAUAUGCACUUUUGACGGAGUGUGGCGGGUGGAUCUGGAAAAACCGGGAGUGCAUUGCGGGAAAGGUUUUUUUUUGUUCCCGAGAAAAGCGGAAAAUUCGUAUCGAUUUUGGCAGAUUUGUUCGAGAUUGGAGGAUUUUAUUAGGAUGCCGGGAACACACACCGUUUAGCAAUAAUAACAUCGACUGACAGCAACAACAAAAAAGUAAAACAAAAAACACGGGACAAAAGUCUGAUUUUGAUGUGCGAAAUUUUGUCAGUGUUUAGGUUUUUUCUGCGUGUAGCUUGCAAGUUUACAUGAAUUUUGGCGUAACUUUGGUGUAACUCAUAAAAAAGUGUAAAAUUCAUCUCACCCGUCAAAACAUAAACAAUUGCACAAAAUCGAAGGAAGAGAAAAAAGAAGUCAUCCAAGACACCCACCCCGAUCAGCAAAAAACACGUUGGUUCGUGUCCACGGCGAACAGCAAAAUCGUCACACUCGCCGAGAUAAACAAUCGUCGCCAUCUUGGACCGAGCCGCGUCGACGCAAUCGCGCGUGUGUGAGUGCCCGCGAGAUCGAUUACGAAAGCACUCCCGGCACGACAGCGUUUCGAGAGAGUGUAUUGGUGAGAGCGCGCGCACCAAAACAGCUGCUAAUCGUGACGUUUCGAGCACGCGCGCGCGUGUAUUGGUGGUGCGCGACAAUCGAUUUUUCUCGUGUUUUUCCUCACGUGGGCACGUGUGUGCGUGAGGGGUCGUGCACGUGCCAGCAGCAGUUUUUCCCGGUGGAGGAGGAGGAGGGGAAUUUUCCGCAAGGUGCAUUUUUCCAUCGUCAUUAGUCGGUCACUCGGUUGGUGGAGCAAAGUAGGCCUGUGUAACGUCACACAUACAGCGGGAGCGGCACGGCGCGAGAGAACACAAACACACGGCUGCAACAUUGUUGUAACGCAGUGCAACACUCACACGUCGGGAGGCAGGCCUGCUGCGUCGAGGAUGUACGAGUACACUCAAUCGAGUGCAUCGUGGAAGUUUGAACAGGAGCGCUAGGCCGAGGUUUUGCGUGGAAGGAAAAUUCUUAAAGACUGAAAUUUAGAAGGAAGUAAAGUUGUACUAAAGUAGUGGUAGUUCUUCGAGUAUCAUCACCAGAUAGUUACCAUAAUAUCUGUGCUGUUUAGUUCAAAUUCUUUGGUGCGUAAAGUUAGUGAAAAUUUUUCAAUAAAUAUAUAAAAAUAGGCAAUUCUUUAAGCUAGUGUGAAUUUUACAUCAUCUUCUUAGCAAAUUGUUACCAAAUAACAGAAAUAUUGUGUUCAUAGUGUACUAACGAGUAUUCGAGUUAAUCAAGAAGGAAAAAAAAGAGGAAGAAAUCAGUAAUAAUUUAGUACAAAUUCGUUCCAAACACAUCCCAAUCUUUAACAAUCCCCCUUGUUAAUUGUAUAGUAAAGUGAACUAGUUACCAAAUUUUCAACCUCUCUCUCAACUUUGUACCAACUUUAAAGCAGUAUUGAUAAUGCAAGUCUAAGCGCACCGUAACGUUACAACAAAUUUACCAGCACAAAACACACUUACACAAAUACUUACAAAACAAACUUUAAAAACACAAAAACAAACAAAAAAUCGUGAAACCCUGGCCUCCCCGGACGAGUCCAGCAGCCGCCGAAGUCCGUUGACUUCCGGCAACGACGGUGGUGCGGCGACGACGUCACAGGUGACGACACCCCGCGGGACGUCAUCGACGGUGGCAGGAAUACAGCAGCUGGGAACGGAAGUGUUGCAGUCGACGUUGCCGUUGCCUCCACCGCCGAGGGAUAUCAGCUCCAGUGGAGUCAUGACAGCACAAAUCGAGAUCAUCCCCUGCAAAGUGUGCGGCGACAAGUCGUCCGGGGUCCACUACGGUGUGAUCACGUGCGAGGGCUGCAAGGGCUUCUUCCGGCGGUCGCAGAGCUCCGUCGUCAACUAUCAGUGCCCCCGGAACAAGCAGUGCGUGGUGGACCGGGUCAACCGGAACCGGUGUCAGUACUGUCGACUGCAAAAGUGCCUAAAGCUCGGGAUGAGCCGCGACGCGGUCAAAUUCGGACGGAUGUCGAAGAAGCAGCGGGAAAAGGUCGAGGACGAGGUACGGUUUCACCGGGCCCAGAUGCGUGCCCAGAGCGAUGCGGCGCCCGACAGUUCCGUGUUCGACACGCAGACGCCCUCGAGUAGUGACCAGCUGCACCACGGCUACAACGGUUACGCGUACAACAACGAGGUCGGCUACGGCAGCCCGUACGGCGGCUACUCGGCCUCGGUCACCCCCCAGCAGACGAUGGGCUACGACAUCUCGGCCGACUACGUGGACAGUACAACAACUUAUGAACCCCGAAGUACUACGAUAAUAGACUCAGAUUUCAUAAGUGGACACACCGAAGGCGACAUCAACGACGUGUUGAUAAAGACCCUCGCGGAAGCGCACGCCAACACCAACCACAAACUGGACAUUGUGCACGAAAUGUUCCGGAAGUCACAGGACGUCACCCGCAUUCUGUACUACAAAAACAUGAGCCAGGAGGAGCUGUGGCUCGACUGCGCGGAAAAGCUAACGGCCAUGAUCCAGCAGAUCAUCGAGUUCGCGAAGCUGAUACCGGGCUUCAUGCGGUUAAGUCAAGACGAUCAGAUUCUCCUGCUAAAGACCGGUUCGUUCGAGCUGGCGAUCGUGCGCAUGUCCCGACUGAUGGAUCUCUCAACCAACUCCGUGCUGUACGGGGACAUUAUGCUGCCCCAGGACGUCUUCUACACGUCCGACUCGUUCGAGAUGAAGCUGGUGGCGUGCAUAUUCGAGACUGCCAAGAGUAUCGCCGAGCUGAAGCUGACGGAGACGGAGCUGGCGCUGUACCAGAGUUUGGUGCUGCUGUGGCCAGAGCGAAACGGAGUCCGGGGUAACACGGAAAUUCAGCGAUUGUUCGAGAUGAGCAUGUCGGCGAUCCGGCAGGAGAUCGAGGCGAACCACGCGCCCCUCAAGGGGGACGUGACGGUGCUCGAGAUACUGCUGAACAAAAUCCCAACCUUCCGCGAGCUCUCCAUCAUGCACAUGGAGGCGCUCCAAAAGUUCAAGCUCGAUCACCCGCAUCACGUGUUCCCGGCGCUCUACAAGGAGCUCUUCUCGAUCGACUCGCAGCAGGACCUGAUGACAUAACAGGAUCACCAGGAGCAGCAGCACGAGUCGUCGUCACCGUCGCCACCCUCACCCCACAACAACAACCCGGACAAGCAGUACCAUCAGCAACCGCAACAACAACAACAACAAGAGCAAUAUUUGGACGGCCCCGAUCGGAAGGUGGACCAGCAGCAGCAGCAGCAAAACACGUUCAUCAUCAUCAUCCAGCAGGACGGCGAAGUCAUCACCCAGUCGGCGGCACCAAAGUAGAGCAAACGCCUAACGUUAUGCAACCGAAUGCGAAGCGUUUGCUGUUCUCCAGUUGGCGUUGCUGAGCAAGCGUUGCGUCGUGGUCGUGUGCACUGAGACAAAAGCGAACGUCAAUUUGUUCGCGCGAUUGUUUGCGGUGGGGAGAGGCGCGGUUGUAGGUUAAGUGACACACACAAACAAAGGAAAACACACACACAUACACUCUGAGAGCGAUGAUGUAGGAAGGAGAAAGGAAGGAUGAGGGAAGAGAACGCGAUAGUAAUUGUUGAUGUAAAUGAAUUUAAUGAUUGUUAUAUUAUUUUAAAAGUUUUAAUUUAUAUCUCUUUUUUGUUUUCCCCCUUUAUUGUCUUCUUGAGCGAUUUUUUAUUUUAAAAAAAAGUGAAAGGAAAAGAAAAGAAUGAAGUAAUUUGUAGGUCAAAUUUAUACAUACUAGCGUGUUAAGUUUAGAAGUUAGCCUAACCCACACACAAACACCGACAGACACACCCACACAAACAAACACGGAACAGCGGUUUCGUUCACUUUCGCGGUUGUUUUAUUUUUGUUUUUGUUUCGUUUCUUUUUUACAAAUUUUAUUUAUUUUUUUGAACGCGGCAAACGUACAAAAUUUUGUUCCCGAUCGCUUCUGCGAGCGAUCUCGAUUGGUUCUUGAUGUUAACGCAAAGGCUAAUAUUAAAAAAGAAAAAGAAAAAAUAAAGUAAAGAGGUAAACAAAAACAGUUGUGAGGUUUCAAAACAGAGACGGAUGGCAAAACACACACACGCGAAAUGCAAAGGUUAGAAUCUCUCUCUAAAUCGUUCUGUUGGUUUCUUUUUUUUUUUUCUCUUUUUAGGUAGGACAAUUUUCCAUUUUUGUUGGGAAAGUAAAACAAAAGAAACAAGAUGGCGACGCGCGUCGCGCGCGCUCGCACUCCGUACUAGUUGUAUUUUGUCACCAGUUUAAGGCGAAAGCGCCUUUUUUGCGAAAAGAGAAACAAACAUUCGUUUUCGGAUUUUAAUUUUUAGUUUAAAAGAUUUUUCGAACUUGAGAGAAGCAAAAGAAGGAAAUUUGUGGAAGAGUUCGAAGCAGUAUUAGAAAAUGAAAAAAAAAAACAAACAAACAAAAAAAUACUAAAACGAAAGGAAAUCAAAGACUUUAACGCGCGUGACACGAAAAUGACGAACACGUGACGGAUGCGGAAAUUCAGUCCAAUUGGCCAUUUAGAGCUCCGUUUGCCUUAGACCACACACAAACAUUAGAGACUCACACAUGCAAACACACGCGUCUCCCGCGUAUCGAUUGGAUGGUGAAAAUUGGGAAAAAAGUAUACAAAAAUUUAACUAAAAAUUUUAAAACAUUUCCAGCCCCAACUUGUUAGAAUCUGUCCCAGUAAACAACCGUACUCCAGUUUUUUUAAAGCAAAAUUUAAGUUGACCCUCCCGUUCUUGUUAGUGUUUUAACCCCCGCAAAAAAGACUUUAUCACUGAGAAUCAAAAGUUAAUUUUUAGAAGAAAAAAAAAACACAGUUUAACCAAUUGAGAAAAUCUCUCUAUCUCUUUCUCUUCUUCACACAGAAAAAAAAAACUCUAAAUUUUUCACUCCGACUAAGAAGAAAAAUUUAAACCCUUUCGAUGAGCGAAUACGGAAACAGAAAAAAAAACUGAUAAUUAUAAAAUUAGAACCAAAAGACCCCUCCAUAGAAGUUUGUAAGGCAAAACAAAAAAAAAUCGUACUGAAUUUAGAGUUAGGUUCUUUUUCUAAAUUUUUGGCGAAAAAGCAAGCGAGCGACACCAAAAAAAGAAACAGCAAAAUUCUCACACAAAACGGACGCGAACUAAAGACUUGUAACGCUUGAGUUUGCAAAUUUGUUGCAGAAAAUCUCUGACAGCGAGGCAGCGAACAACUCUCCGACAAAUUUGCUCUCUCGCUGUAAGCGCGAGAGCGCGAUUCUGUCGGAGAGAGGAAUCGUCGUCGCGCUCUCCGAGAGAUUCCAACGACAAAUUGGCAAAUUCGAAACCUUCUCACGCAGACAAGCAGACGGGACGAACGGCAGAAAAAAGAGAAAGAGAGAGAGAAAACGCAGAAAGAGAGAGGCGCGCGCACUGAUUUACUGCUAGGAAACGGAAAAGGUGUUUUUUAGUUGAUAGAACAAUUUAGGAAAUCAAAGUAUAGGCGAAGGAAGCGGGCUUGUUAGAGAGAAAGGGAGAGGGAGAAUAAAUCACACACUUCCACACAAACACACACACACUCACUCAAGACAGGACACAGGAGAGGAGGAAGGAGGUUGGAACAGGAUCGACGAAAAGAGAUGGGAAAAGUUACACAGUUUGCAGUUUUUCGGCUGCGGCUUGGAAAAUGAGAACUUAUAAAUGUAUGGGUGCUUCUAUAUAUAUAAAAGAAUGAUAAAAUUAUAUAUAUUUAAAACAAAACAAAAUAACUAAAACAAUUACAAGAGAAAGUUUAAUUAAAACACACAUGGAAAGAAAGAGAGACAAACACACACAGAGACGCAGAACAAAAGAGAAGGAAAUCAGACAACUGUAAUAGUAAAAUAUUAAAAACACAAAGAAAGUAAAACAAAAACACACACACAUAUGUUGAAACGUAAAUCGAAUAUAUAUUAGAGCGGGCGACGAGCCAGCAGUUGGGUGGACUGGACUAAAAAAAACGCAUGAAAACAAGAAGCAAAACUAAUGCACACAGAGUAACAUCAAACAAACAAACAAACAAAAAACGCAAACAAACGGACUGGUAAACAUCUCUUUUUCGCAUCGCAAAUUCGACUGCCACGAGUCCCGGCUGCUGGUCCUGUCCUUCCGUGUCUUCUUUUCAUGAAUGUAAGAAUUAAUUGCCUUAAAUGAUAUAUAUUACAUAAUAUACAAUAUAAAAUUAUAUUUAAAAACAAACAAACAAACAACAAAAAGAAAGAGAAAAGUAAACACAAAACAACAACAACAACAAUUACUGAUAAAAACGUGUGGUGAAAGCAAAGUUCUCACAAGCAAACACUCUCUCACGAACACACGCAGACACGAGCAGAGCGAGACACAGUGAAAACAAGAAGAAGACGAAACAAGAUGCAGAAGCAGAGAGGAGCAACACUUAGAAAUAGUUGAUUUUUUUCUAAUCAUAAAUUCAAAGGAGUAAAAUUCGUCAUUACGGUAAUGUAAGGAUAGUUAUCUAAAUUCUAUACAUAAAUAUAACACAAUAAUUUUAAGCUGAGGAUAGUAUCUGAGGAAAACAAGAAGAAAAUCUUAUAUAAUUUAAAUUAAUUUAAAACAAAAACAAAAAGUAAGCAAAAAAACUCUAUAAAUAAAACGCAAAAGAGAGAAGGGAGACAGACACAGACACACACGCAUCUUGUAUGAAUUUCACGAGAGUCGCAGGCAAGCAAUUCUUGCGAAAUUAACACAACAAAAAAGUAUAAAGAAAAUAGCGAAAUUCGGGUAGGUUUUAAGUUUCACUGAAUAUUAUAAUCUAUUAUACAUAAAAAUCUAUAUUGAAAGAUUAAUAAACUGAUUAAUCCA